AUGAGGGUCAUUUCUGAUAGAAAAGAAGCCAAACCACUUUGCAGUCAGCUUGGUGACCGAAUCAAUGUAGAGGUGGAUGCAGCUCCAACAUAUGACCUAAACAAGGUCCUGGGAGAGAUAAGAUGUCAGUAUGAGACCUUAAUUGAAAAGAACCAGUGUGAAGUUGAAACCUUAUUUGUAUUUCAGACAGAGGAACUGAAUAAGGAGGUGAUCUCUAGUGGAGAACAGCUGCAGAGCUGCCAGACACAGGUCAUUGAGCUACGACACACAGUUCAGGCUCUGGAAAUUGACCUGCAGGCUCAAAUCAGUAUGAACAUUGCUCUGCAAAACACUUUGGCAGAAACUUGCUAUAGUAACCAACUACCAGAGUUCCAGUGCCUGAUCAGCAGUGGGGAGACACAAAUAACUGAACUUCGAUCUGACACAGAACACCAAAACUGCGAGUAAAAGAUCCUCCUGGAUGCCAAGUGCCAGCUGGACUGUGAAAUCAGUGCUUACUGCAGGCUGCUGGAUGGAGAGGACUGCAAGCUGCCUCACUACCCCUGUAAAUCAGAGAGUACAACCUCCAUCUGCUCAUCAAUUUGCAAACCAGACUGUGCACCAGAACCAAUCUGUGCAUGA